UACACACUCCAUUUUGUGUGGUAUUUGGAAGGAAACUAAGGUGGAAACAUCAUGGAGUCUGUAGCAGAUAAAGAAACUGCAUCCUCCAUAAACGCUGAGCCAGCCAUAUCAGUUGGAAAUGUUGGGCAAUUAGCCAUUGAUUUGAUUAUUUCAACUUUGAAAAUACCAAAAGUGGGGUAUUUUUACACAGAUUGCCUUGUACCUAUGGUUGGAAGCAAUCCAUAUGAAACUGACGAAGAGAAUGCAAAGGAACUCUGCACAAACGCUGAAGUGUAUGCAUUGCCAUCCCAGAAACUUGCAGUUCUCCAGCUAAGAUCACUUGUUAUAAAGAAAAAAUCCAAAUCCUUUCGGCAAGCCCUGGUUUCCUGGAUUAAAAGAUGUGCUUUUGCCAGAGUGAUUCUUCUCUCAAGUUGCCAUGCUUAUCACAGAGAUGAUACACAGCUUUUUGGAACACCAUUCCGUUACUUGGUCACUCCAGCUUUACAGAAAUCUGUGGCAGAUGUGCUAAAAGAACUGGAAUGGAAGGAAAUGGAAAAGGUGUCUUCUUACCCAGGGCUGAACGAUAACGAGAAAAGGGUUUUCAUUCCAGGAGGAGGUUUUACAAAGCGAUUUUAUGAUGAUUGUUGUUUAGAAGACCUUCAAAUGGCUGUUGUGUUAAAAUUCUGUUCUGAAGGUGACAAUGUACCGGAUGCCUUUUCUCUACUUAAUCAAGUCAAUGAGUGGCUUCAUUUAGUAGCAUCAACAAAUGGUGAUGUCCUUGCCAAGUGGAAGGCACCUGGAUCCUGGCGGUUGCUAUUUGGUAGUGGUUUGCCUGCUGCCAUCUUCUGAUGGAUUUGGGUCCUCUUGUGCUGUUCAUGAGCUUCCGGUUGCCCCAGCUUAAAUGGACUACUUGGCUAUGAUGGUUAUUUAUUUGUUCAAUCAAUGACAAGUAACAAGUAGUAACUUGUAAUUUGGCCUGCUUAGUUUUACACCAAAAUAUUGAGUGGAAGAGCUGAAAGUAAUCCUAUCCUCUGACACUUUUACAUUCUGCUGUGAAAUAAAACUUGAAGAAGUGGAUACCAUUUUAUAUGCUGACUAAACAAAUCUAGGUCUGCGCAGAUACACUUGAAUGUGCAGCCACUGGGAUACUUCAAACAAGGAUUACUAAUAAGAAUACAAGUAACAUGUUCUUCAACAUGUAAUCAACGUUGCUCAGAGUUUUAGGCCACCAAAAUCUCUGGACUCAGCGUACAGAUAUUUUGAAUUAAAGGAGUACAAAAAGGAUUUACAGUUUCUGUAUUACCGUUUAACAUUGAAUAGCUAUUAAAAUAUUCUAUUUUAAACUACUAA